GCUGCGGCAGCGGACUGCGGAGUCAAGAUGCGCCCGAAGGAGCAGGUGCAGAGCGGUGCGGGAGACGGGACAGGGUCGGGGGACCCAGCAGGAGGCACCCCCAUGACCCAACCUGCAGCGGGUCCCGCUCCGGAGCCCUCGGCGGAGCCCAAACCUGCUCCCUCGCAGGGAACCGGGUCCGGACAGAAAUCAGGAUCCCGAGUCAAGACAGGAAGCUUUUGUCGGUCCAUGAUCAUUGGCGAUUCGGACGCACCAUGGACCCGCUACGUAUUCCAGGGGCCUUACGGUCCCCGGGCCACUGGCCUGGGUAAGGGAAAGGCCGAGGGAAUCUGGAAGACACCAGCCGCGUACAUCGGCCGGAGGCCCGGUGUGUCUGGCCCUGAGCGCGCGGCGUUUAUUCGAGAGCUGCAGGAAGCACUGUGUCCUAAUCCACCACCCACGAAGAAGAUCACCGAAGAUGAUGUCAAAGUGAUGCUGUAUUUGUUGGAAGAGAAAGAACGGGACCUGAACACAGCUGCUCGAAUCGGCCAGUCCCUGGUGAAACAGAACAGUGUCUUGAUGGAGGAGAACAAUAAACUGGAAACCAUGCUGGGCUCAGCCAGGGAGGAGAUUUUACAUCUCCGGAAGCAGGUGAACCUGCGCGAUGACCUCCUUCAGCUCUACUCGGACUCUGAUGACGAUGACGAGGAGGAAGAGGAGGAAGAAGAGGAAGAGGGCGAAGAGGAGGACCGAGAAGGACAGAGGGAUCACAGUCAGCAGCAUGACCAUCCGUAUGGUGCUCCCAAGCCCCCCCCUAAGGCUGAGACAGGGCACCACUGCCCACAGCUGGAAGCCCUGCAGCAGAAGCUGAGGCUGCUGGAGGAAGAGAAUGACCACCUGCGAGAGGAGGCCUCCCACCUUGACAACCUGGAAGACGAAGAGCAGAUGCUCAUUCUGGAAUGUGUGGAGCAGUUUUCUGAAGCCAGCCAGCAGAUGGCAGAGCUAUCGGAGGUGCUGGUGCUGAGGCUGGAAGGCUAUGAGAGGCAGCAGAAGGAGAUCACUCAGCUGCAGGCCGAGAUCACCAAGCUACAACAGCGUUGUCAGUCUUAUGGGGCCCAGACUGAGAAACUGCAGCAGCUGCUGGCCUCAGAGAAAGGAAUCCACUCAGAGCAGAGCCUGCGAGCUGGCUCCCACAUGCAGGAUUAUGGGAGCAGGCCUCGUGAACGCCAGGAGGAUGGGAAGAGCCAUCGUCAGCGCUCCUCAAUGCCUACAGGUUCUGUCACCCACUAUGGAUACAGUGUGCCUCUGGAUGCACUUCCGAGUUUCCCAGAGACACUGGCUGAGGAACUCCGAACAUCUCUGAGGAAGUUCAUCACUGAUCCUGCGUAUUUCAUGGAGAGAUGUGACACUCAGUGCAGGGAGGAGCGAAAGAAGGAGCAGAGGGCGAGGCCACGCCCACCGCCGCAAGAUCUCAAGCCACCGGAGGAUUUUGAGGCUCCAGAGGAGCUGGUUCCUGAGGAGGAGCUGGGGGCCAUAGAAGAGGUGGGGACGGCUGAGGAUGGGCUGGCAGAAGAGACAGAGCAGGCAUCUGAGGAGACCGAGGCCUGGGAGGAGGUGGAACCGGAGGUGGAUGAGGCCACAAGGAUGAGUGUGGUGGUCUCUGCCCUGGAGGCCAGUGGCCUGGACCCUUCCCGUCUGGACAUGAAGUCCGUCCUCCAGCAACUGUCCAGCUGGCAGGAAGCCCAUUCUAAGAAGCAGCAGAAGCAGAAGGUGGCCCCAAAAGACUCCCCAACCCCGCAGCAGCAAACAAACAUGGGGGGCGGGAUCGUGGAGCAGCAGCCCAGAGUGCCAACCCAGGACUCUCAGAGGCUGGAGGAGGACAGGGCCACUCAUUCUCCCAGUGCCAGGGAGGAAGAGGGGCCUUCUGGGGCCACCUAGGCCUGGAACAAAGGCCUCUGCCAGCCAAGGCCACAGUUGGACCAAUCCCCCGGCUCCUUUCGUCUUCAUGGCCCUGUGGGUGGGUAGAUGUGAUUGUGCACCAUUUAUUAGAAGAGGAACCUGAAGUUCAGAGAUCUGAGAUGACUUGCCCAAGGUCAUACAGCUAGGAGCAGCUCUGAACUGGUGUCUAUGAGUACUGAACCCCUGGCCUGGUCUCACUGCUGUCCACACCUCCUGCUUCCAUCCCUGCACUCCACCUGAAGUUUUGGCAGCCUCCUUCAUGUCGUUCUGAUGCUCCCCCCCCCCUUUUUUUGGCACCAGUGGGUGGAACAUCACUGGCUACAGCACAGUAACAUCGUUCAGGUUGUAAGCUGAGCAGUCAGCACUUUCAUGGCUGACCACGGGAAACCUGAGUAAGAGCCAGUGGUGGUUUUCUGUCGUCUCCUGAUAGGGCUGACUGGAUUUGAAUGUGGUCUGGCUCCUGGUUCACGUCCACCCCCUUCUCUUCCUGGCUUCGCUGUUUCCCAGCAGCCUGAAGAAGCCCCACAGACAGCUUGAGACCCCUCGUUCUACUGCUUGGCCAAGUCCCACCCUUCCUUCCUUUCCUCUGAAAGGACCUCCCCACCCCCACGUCUGCCAGAAGUUUUCCCUCUGUCCUCGUAGACCUGCCUCUUCUUGUAGGACAGGCUGAGAGAACCCCAGUCCCUCAUUCUGAAACUGUGGCCAAAGCUGCAGCUCCUGGAGUCCCAGGAGGAGAAGCGACCUGUGGGCAGAUUGGCUGGCUACCAGACCCAGCUCUGAGAUGGGUGUGAGUGGGCGUGCCCCUAGGGUAGGCAGUUAUUGUGGGGAUCCUCUCUAUCCCUUGAACCUUUCAUGUAAAGGGACUUCCCCAGCCCUGGUUGGCUUUUGGAACCUGGUCCUUUUCCCUGGUUUUUACCUUUAUCCGUUUCUACCACUGUGUGUAAUGUAAAGUGUAUCUGAGUGAGGGUUGUGUCCCUCUGUCUCCUGUGGCCUGUGAGUUUCCUUCUAGAGUUCUACCCUUCUCCACAUCUGUGCUCGCACAGAGCUAUGGCCUCGGCGCCUGCCCUGCUUCUGCAGCGCUUCAUAGUCUUGUAGCUCGUCAGCCUUUGUAUUGAUGUAUGUGCCAAUGUGGGAAAUAAAGAACUUGUGAGAUA